AGGCAACAUGAAUCGAGACAGUCACAGCGAAGACACCUUGUCAACCAUGGUCCUGGAGAACAUUAAAAACAAACUGAUCCAUGCCUUCAGGACGACAGGGGAACCCCGGGAGGAACCGCAAGACUCUGCGUCUGUCGUCCGUCCGGUCAGCGUCGGCAGGAGCUACCAAGCCAAUGAAGAGCUGCGGAGGGCAAAGAUAGACGGAGCAAUAACCUGGCUGAGGUCCGAACUGGUGAGUUCUCAGCUGGAGAUGCGUUCACAGGACCGCCAGCUGGCUCAGACACUGCUGGGGCUCAACACAGAGAUCCAGAGACUGAGGAGGGAGAGUUACGUAGCGAUGGAAGUAGAGGGGGAAGAUUAGCGGAAAUCCACCUUCUCCGGGGAAGCCGUAAGAGUGAGAGUGGCUUAAGCUGGAGAAGGGUGGGAGGAUGGAGGGGGGGUGCUCUUACAUCGGAGCCCGCGGAGGACUAAAGGCGUUGGCUCUGCUGGAUAUUAUUGCAAGGAGGGAUGUGGACGAAGCUGAAACCCUGCCAAGUGGAAUGAUUUCACUCUGAAGGUCAAUGGGACUGGAUGUCUGGUGAAUGAAUUUGCCCGCCAGAUGUCUUUGAUUGGAUAAUAGUUCAUUGUAACAGAAUAUGUCUUGUGUGGUUACAAACAAGCACGCCAGAGUCGCAUGUAAAAUAACCGGAGUUUAGAAAGGAGGGGGGCUUUGAACGCCUGUGAUGUUGAUAUUUCCACCAGCCGCAGGUAUAUUCCCCAGUUGCAUAUAUGCUAGUGGCACCAAAAGAGGGAGAAAGAAAUCUGUUUUUAUUUUCUCUUUAUUGGGAGGAAAAAUAGAACGCCAAAAGAAAAAAAAAGUUUGCAGUCAUUGUGUGGUCAUUUUGAUCCUAACUGAAAGUGAAGUGCCUUGUAAUUUGUAAUUUGACAAAAAUAAAUGUGAACCAUUAUAUUUGUCUACUGGUUUUAU